AUGUCGGAUCCCGAGGUCCCGCAGCCCGGCCAAUGGCCGGUCGAUCCCCAAGAAGAUGUUCCCAUCUCAAAGGACCGCAUAUGGGUUGACGGAUGCUUCGAUUUCAGUCACCAUGGCCAUGCCGGAGCCAUGUUGCAGGCGCGCAAAUUGGGAAAGGAGCUAUACGUUGGCAUUCAUUCAGACGAGGCGAUUCUCGAAAACAAAGGCCCUACUGUAAUGACCUUGUCAGAACGUGUUGCCGCCGUCGAAGCAUGCCGAUGGGCUACAAAAUCUAUUCCCCAUGCUCCUUACGUCACAACAUUACCCUGGAUUUCGCACUACGGUUGUCAAUAUGUCGUACACGGCGAUGAUAUUACCUCUGACAGCAAUGGUGAGGACUGUUACCGCUUCGUCAAAGCAGCCGGUCGAUUCUUAGUCGUGAAGCGAACACCUGGUAUUUCCACAACCGACCUAGUCGGCCGAAUGCUUCUAUGCACCAAGAACCAUUUCGUGAAAUCGGUCAAGGAUAUCCUUGAGGGCAACGAGGGAUCGGAUAAUGCUGAGGAUAGAAAGGCGCACGGUGCAGAUCUCAUGCAGAGACUACGUGACUAUGCGACGGAUGAAACUGGACAUCAACCUGGUCCCGAGGUAUGGCUAUGGAAUGGUAGUGACACGGCUAAAAUCGACCAGGUUGUCGAACAGGCCGGAAAAUUCGAGGCUUUAAUUAAAGGUGUCCCGCCGAAACCGGGCCAGCGUAUUGUGUACGUUGACGGAGGGUUCGAUCUGUUUUCCUCGGGACAUAUUGAAUUCCUUCGACGGGUCUGGGAUCUUGAAGAAGCCGAAGGCCGCAAGAAUGGUUGGUAUGAAGAAAGCGAAAGGCAAAUGAGAAUCGCGGAGCAAGGUGCCGACUAUGGUCCGGCAUUUAUUAUUGCUGGUAUUCAUGAUGAUUCGGUCAUCAAUCACUGGAAAGGCCUCAACUAUCCAAUCAUGAACAUAUUCGAACGAGGACUAUGUGUUCUACAAUGCAAGUACAUCCACACAAUCAUCUUCUCAACCCCAUUCACGCCAACCGAAUCAUUCCUACGAGCAAUGCCAUGGGGCGUCCCCGACGUCGUUUAUCAUGGACCCACCACUUUCAUUCCCUUGACAUAUGACCCUUAUGUUGCGCCGAAACAAAUGGGCAUCUUCAAGGAAGUCGAAAGCCAUCCCUUCCAACAUGUCAACGCCGGCGAGAUCGUCGAGAGGAUCCUUAAGAGCCGUAGUGCUUAUGAAGAAAGGCAACGUGCAAAGUUGAAGAAGGGUAUUGUUGAGAAAGACGCCAGGGACAAAGAGUUAGCCUCGCAAGGGUCCAAUCCCGGACCGCAAUAG